AUGGCGCCGCGCCCCGGGCCCCGCCUGUGGCUGGCGCUGCAGCUGCUCGGGGCCUGCGCCGCCCUCCGCGCCCUGGACCCGGCGCGGCCCGGCGAGGACGGGCGCUGCCAGCCCAUCGAGAUCCCGCUGUGCCGCGGCAUCGGCUACAACCUGACGCGCCUGCCCAACCUGCUGGGCCACGCGGCGCAGCGCGAGGCGGCGCUGCGGCUGCACGAGCUGGCGCCGCUGGUGGAGCUGGGCUGCCACGCGCACCUGCGCUUCGUGCUGUGCUCGCUGUUCGCGCCCAUGUGCGCCGAGCAGGUGUCGGCGCCCAUCCCCGCCUGCCGGCCCAUGUGCGAGGCGGCGCGGCGCCGCUGCGCGCCGGUGCUGGAGCGCUUCCGCUUCCGCUGGCCGGACGCGCUGGACUGCGGGCGGCUGCCCACCAAGAACGACCCCAACUUCCUGUGCAUGGAGGCGCCGGGCGACGGGUCGGACGAGCCUGGGGCGGGGCCGCGCGGGGGCUCCGGCCCGUUCCCGCCGCCGGCCCGCCCUCCGCAGCCGCGUCCCCCCGCGGGAGACGCCCCCGAGGAGGAGCCGCCGCCCCAGGAAGCCGGGGUCCCCGCCCCUGGGCGCCCCGCCGCCUGCGCCAACCCGGGCAAGUUCCUCCGCGUGGGCCGGGGCGCGGCGUGCGCCCCGCGGUGCGCGCCCGGCGUGGACGUGCUGUGGAGCCGCGAGGACAAGCGCGUGGCCGCCGUGUGGCUGGCCGUGUGGGCCGCGCUGUGCUUCGCGUCCAGCGCCUUCACGGCGCUCACCUUCCUGGCGGACCCCGCGCGCUUCCGCUACCCGGAGCGGCCCAUCGCCUUCCUGGCCGUGUGCUCCGGCGCGUCCUCGCUCGGCUACCUGGCGCGCCUGCUGGCGGGCGCCGAGAGCAUCGCGUGCGGCCGCGACGGCGGCGGGCGGCGCUUCGUGGUGCAGGCGGGGCCCGAGGGCGCGGGCUGCGCGCUGGUCUUCCUGGCGCUCUACUACUUCGGCAUGGCGGGCGCGGCCUGGUGGGUGGUGCUGACGCUCGCCUGGUUCCUGGCGGCCGGCCGGCAGUGGGGCCGCGAGGCCAUCGAGGCGCUGAGCGGCUACUUCCACCUGGCGGCCUGGGCCGUGCCCGCCGCGCAGGCCGGCCUGGCGCUGGCGCUGCGGCGCGUGGCGGGCGACGAGCUCACGGGCGUGUGCUACGUGGGCGGCCUGGACGCGCCGGCGCUCACGGGGCUGGUGCUGGCGCCGCUGGGCUGCUGCCUGGCGCUGGGCACGGCCUUCCUGCUGUGGGGCUUCGCCGCGCUCUUCCGCAUCCGCCGCGCCGUGCGCUCGGGUGGCGGCAGCACGCGCAAGCUGGAGCGGCUGAUGGCGCGCAUCGGGCUGUUCGCGCUGCUGCACACGCUGCCGGCGGCCGGCGUGCUCGGCUGCCUCCUGUACGAGCGGCGGCACGCGGAGCGCUGGCGGGCGCUGGCGGCGCAGCGCGCCUGCCGCCUGGACGCGCGCACGCGGCGGCCGGACUGCCGGCUGGCCGCCUCCAUCCCCGCGCUGGAGGUCUUCCUGCUCAAGACGGCCAUGGGGCUGCUGGCCGGCGUCACGAGCGGCGUGUGGGUGUGGACGGCCAAGACGCUGCGCUCCUGGCGCGGCGUGUGCGGCCGCCGCCUGCGCGGGCCGGGCCGCGGGAAGCCGCCCGCGCAGGCCCUCGCGCUCGCCCACGGCGGCGGCCACGGCCCCGGGGCCGGGAUCUACAAAAAGGCGCAGCAGCAGCACCCCCAGAAGGCGCACCCCGGGAAGUGCGAGCUCCCCGCACAGCCGCCCGCCUGCGUGUGA